UAAUUGAUUUCGCGGCCGCGGUUUCUACAAAUUCAAAACGAGGUACACGAAGCUUAGAAAUGGAUGGGGAAAACGUUUUUGGUCAACUAAGACGGAUUGCAAGAAACGUUCAAAAUGAGAGCGCUCUCGCUGAGGAGCGGAUGAAAAGGCCAGUUGCUCUUCGUUCAAGCGGGGACUCCGCCCGCCCAGUUCUGCGACGAAUGCAAGCAGAUGCCCAUAACGUGAAGCGUGAAGCUGGAAACAUACAAUCCCAUCUGCCUUCAUCAUCAGAGUUCAACAAACUUCUUGAUUCUUGCAGUCAGCUGUGUGAUGCAUACAGGUCAAAGGUCAAUCUCCUUGAAGGGUAUCUUCAGCAGUAUGGCUACCAGCCACAGCCAAGUAAAGUCAAAGGGCUUCCUGUUCUUCAUUCCAUUGAGAAAGAAGCAGUUGGGACUGGAUCACAACAUCCAGAAGGAGACCUUUCUGCUACCUCUGCAAAUGAUGCUGAGGAAAUGAAAGAAAAUGUACCGACGACUCCAUCCAACAAGCCAAACCUGGGAUCUUCCUGGAAAGGGGGAACACCUCGACUGGAAGAUUUUGGAUUGAGCAGAGGCUUCCUGGAUCAGGUGUCAAGGAGCAAGCACCAGGAUAACAAAGAUCCUCAAGAAGUUGCAGAAAAGCUUCCUCAACCUAAACCUGUUGAAAAACUCAAACAUGCUACACCAGCGAAGAACCCACACAUAGCUUUGCCAGAGGUUGGUGGCACUCCGAAACUAGAAGACUUUGGUCUGAGCUCCAACUUCCUUGAAAACAUCUCCAAGAAGAAUCUUCAUAAUCAGCAGAGACAUGCUGCAAUGCAAGGAAGCACCCAGCUUAGUUCCACUUACAACAGCAAACAAAUGGAAAGAGCCAGGUCCCCUGUUGGUGCCCCUACCCAGGCCAAUGCAUGUCCGUUCACUCCUAUUGGUGUGACAACCACCCCCUCGGCCCGAGUCACCGUGACCCCUGGGAUCUUUGGGGGAAAUGAGUUCCCAGAAGAGACUCCCACCAAGUUUAUAGACAUGGCUUGUGAUCUUCCUCGUGGUCAUGCUGGACAAUCCAAUGAGUCCAGCGGAUACCAGGGAGCCAAGAAGUCUCUGCAAUAUAAAACAGCAAACAAGAAUGGUGCUGCAUCUGUAUUGGACGCCAUUCCAAGCAAUCUAACAGAGAAUGAUGACCAGUUUGGGACUCCUCAACCUCCAGAGAUGACGGCUAGAUGGGACUUUACCUCUAUCCAAGCACCAAUCCCAAGCCAGCCAGAGUUCACCAUGGCUUCAGACAAGCCACCAAACAAACCUGAUAUGUUUGCUAAUCUGGGCCAUCAAACCGAUACACCUCCCACCCCAGAAAUGACGGCCAAGUGGAAUAUUAGGACCACCUCCAAAGCCUUUGGUGACCUCGCACCCUCUGAACCCUCUUUCAUCAUGGAGGAACCAGUCCGCCUUACCUCGCAUGAACCCAAACAGACGCCAGAGGAACCCCAGCGUCUCUAUACCGAGAAGCCUCAGCCUUCCCUGGAUGACAUGCCGGAGACGCCUCCUGGACUCUCUGGAAAGCUUGGCGACUCCAAGUCGUAUGAUCUUUCAAGGUUCAUGGCUGAUGAGAUGCCAAAGACACCUGAGCUUACUAUGUCUUACACCAGAUAUGUUGAUCCACGGAUGCAACCUGCUAAUGUGUCAAAGUCAGUUGUAGACACCAUUCCUGAGAGGCCUUCAGGUCACUACCAUGCAGUGAAAGUGGAAGAACCUACUCACAGCCAAUACCCUGAACUUGAGGACAUCGCCUUUGUUGCCAUGGUAAUGGAUGAUGAGUUCUCCAAGCAGUCAUCCCAUAUGAAGAGAAUCCUUCCUUUAACCCUCGUUAAUGAGACCAUCUCCUGCAUCAAUACCAUCCUCAACAUCAAACAUAAACGUGGUGAUGGUGUUUACUUGACCGAUGAGGAUGUCCAGAUGCUGAGCCUGGGGCCAAAGUCUAAGGCCAUGCUACUCUUCCUCAUCACCAUCAAGAGACUUCUGAGUGAGAAGCCGCCAGGCACAUCAGAAGUAGUAUAUUAUCCAGUCUUCUAAAGCAAGUCUAAGGCGUUGCUUCUCUUCUACAUUUAAACCAUAGAGAGACUUCUUAGCAAGAAACAGCCAGUUACAUCAGAAGUAGUAUAUUAUCCAAUCUUCUAAAGCAAAGCUAAUGUCUUAGCAAGAAACAGCCUGGCACAUCAGGCCCCCAUCUUACAAAGAGUUGAUCCGAUCAAUCACAGCUAUGGACGGCCAGCAAAGUCAACAUCUAACAUGCAAAUUUGUUCAAAAUAUUUCCUAGAUAUGAUGUAUAUUCAUACAUUCAUUGUUCUCUUGAGUGUGAUUCUCUUUGUUUUACUUAAAGAAAUUGUGCAAAUUUCCUGUAGAAAGAAUUAUGGUAUGGAUGGAUUUCCAUACAGAUAGGAUUGACUGGAUUAGAUGUAACUCUUUGUAAGAGGGGGCCCAGAAGUAGCAUAUUAUUCAGUCUCAUAUUGCAAGUUGAAGGCCACAAUGUUGGUAUUCGUCAUAGUAAAUUGCCACUUGGUCUACACCCACUUGGUCUAUUCUUUGUUUCAUCUCACCCCACAUGGUGACUAGGUCUAAUCUUACCUUCUCUACAUUAGUCUACCAAGUUUCUACUACCAGUUUUUCCAACAUAAAACCCAUUUGGUCUAAUUGCCAUUUCCAGUUAGGCUGUUCUCAAUUUGUUUAAUAUCCACUGGAUCUCACAUUUCAUUUGCUACAUGAAUGUAUACAUGUAUGUAGUACAUGUAUGUAGUACAUGUUAUGAUGUUGAAUAUUUAUGAACCAAAUUUUAAUAUGACAAAGUACCUAAUAAUAAUUGAACAAAAUGGAAAUUAGACCAUCCAGGCAUUAGAUUAGACCAACUGGUAGUUUGAUAAAGUGAUGGUUUGACCAAAUGGUAACUAGACCGAAUUAAUAGUAGACAGAAUGUGUUUAACCAUGAUUGUGUUAGAUGAUCUGAUAAUUAGAGUUUAGACCAUCUGCUAUUAGACCAAGUAGAUACAAAUCAUUUUCAUUACUUUCAAGACUUUUUGGUAUGAAGCAGCCAGGCAAAGAAGAGAAAGGGAUGGUCAGCAAUUAGGAAAAUAAAAGAAUGUAUGAGGAGAAUUCUAUGUUCAUACAUUAACUCUUCAUUGGAAAUGUUCAUUAUAUGUACAGGGGAGUGUCCCGUGAUGCAUCAGUGAUUUUCUUACAGAUGCAAUGAUUUCAGUAGCUUAUAACAAUAAUCAUUUGAAAUUGUUGACUAUUAUUUUGCUUCAUGAAACAACCCCUUGAUUUGUUUUAUCCUGGAGUUUAAUCAGGGAACUGGAAAACAAAAAUAUUCUGAAAUGAACCUGAAAAGAAAAUGGGUAAAUCCAACAAUUUUCCCAUAAUUAGUUACCCAGUACCACUAUAAAAGUACAAAAAAAUUAUAACUUUCAAAUUUUAAUUUUUUAAGUUAACACAAUGACUUUUCUCUUGUCAUAUGUAUUCUGAAAGUGUAUAUUUUUUCUAAGUAACUUGCAGGCGCCACAAGCUGAAGAUGUGCUGUAAUCUCACUUUAAUCCCCCACCCUCUAUAAAUUUGGUUCUUGAAUUGACCCCCCCCCCCUCCAUCCAAUUAGAAUGAACAGGAUGUUCUUAAUGUGCUAAAUUUCAGAACAAUGGGAUGAUCCCUGUAUGCAAAUUACCCUGAGAUGUAAUCCACUUUUUAUCACCCAUUAGUACGAAGGUCUGAAUGCAGAGUGCAGAGUGAAUACCGCCAUCUUAUCUCAAAGUUAUUUUUUUAAGGGACUGAGCAUGAUUCCUUCAAGUUACUACGUUACUACAGGUUAAGUCAGAGUGUAAUAUUUUUCAGAACAAUUUUAAACCAUCAGCGUUUUAUUCUAACUUAAUAACAAAUUAAGUUAUUGAUAAAAGACAUCUACAUGUAUUUUUACAAGUUUUAGUAUUUUACUUGGUGCAACCCGUAUUAUACCAGUAUAUCUUUCACACAUGAAUGAGUAAAGACACAUUGAAGAAAGGAGAACUAAAGUCAUUUGAUUGGCAGUAGGUGGUAUGAUUUCACUAGAAAUUGUAUCCAACAAAUGUUGGAAGGAAUGCGUUUUUCUACUCCUGUUGUUUUCUGCUUCUGUUGUUCUACUGCUGUUUUCUAGAGAUAUCAAUUAUCAUAAUUUAUAAUUCAAACAUAGGAAUAAAUAAUUAUGGUUGUAAUUUCAUACAUUACAUCUAAACAUUGACCAACGAUAUCUACAUACAGAAUGAAAUAUGUAUGAUCAGCCACAUUU